ACGCUGAGUCUGCAGGGCGUCAUGACGCAGGACUACCAGAUAAACGCACGUCCACGCGCAACAACCAACCUGCCCAUAGAAAGAUUCAUGACUAUUCACCGGCCAGUGGUGCACGAAGAACUCAUUGAGGGCCAGCAGUCUCCAUGAUAAGAGGGAUGAUGCUCAGACUGAGUAAUGGGAUGCAGCGCGUUGUUCCCACCAUUGCACGUGUUCGUUUCAGUUCCCACACAGCGUCCUGUACUGCCUCUAGCAUAAAGCAUGCAGAACGUCAGCUCACCCCUCAGGAGUUGUAUGCCCGUGAAGACAAGUAUGGUGCCCACAAUUACCAUCCUCUUCCUGUGGCUUUGGAAAGAGGAGAAGGUAUUUACCUCUGGGAUGUUGAGGGCCGCAGGUACUAUGAUUUUCUAAGUGCAUACAGUGCAGUGAACCAGGGCCACUGUCACCCUAAAAUCAUUGCUGCACUUAAUGCCCAGGCUUCCAAAUUAACCCUGACAUCCCGUGCUUUCUACAACGACAUUCUGGGAGCCUAUGAAGAAUACAUCACCACCUUGUUUGGCUACGACAAAGUCCUGCCCAUGAACACCGGUGUUGAGGGUGGAGAGACGGCAUGCAAGCUUGCUCGGAAAUGGGCUUACAAUGUAAAGGGUGUUCCAACAAACAAAGCCAAAAUAAUUUUUGCAAAUGGAAACUUCUGGGGACGGACCCUAGCGGCGAUAUCAACGUCCACAGAUCCAAGCAGUUAUGAGGGCUUUGGCCCCUUCAUUCCUGGGUUUGAACUCAUCCCUUACAAUGAUAUCCCAGCAUUAGAGAGAGCCUUUCAGGACCACAAUGUGGCAGCCUUUAUGGUGGAGCCCAUCCAAGGAGAGGCUGGUGUGGUGGUCCCUGACCCUGGCUACUUGACCAAAGUGCGCGAGCUAUGCACGCAAUACAAUGUGCUGUUCAUUGCUGAUGAGGUGCAGACUGGGUUGGCCCGCACUGGCAGACGCUUGGCAGUUGAUCACGAGUCUGUCCGUCCUGACUUGGUGGUACUUGGGAAGGCCCUGUCUGGUGGAGUUUAUCCUGUAUCAGCUGUGCUUUGCGACGAUGAGGUGAUGUUGACCAUUAAACCCGGAGAGCAUGGCUCCACAUAUGGAGGAAACCCUUUGGCCUGCAGAGUCGCCAUUGCAGCUUUAGAAGUCCUAGAGGAGGAAAAAUUGGCUGAAAAUGCUGAUAAGAUGGGCCAGCUGCUUAGGACCGAACUGAUGAAGCUGCCCAAUGACAUUGUGACCACUGUAAGGGGGAAGGGACUGCUGAAUGCCAUCGUUAUAAAGGAGACCAAAGGUUAUGAUGCAUGGAGAGUUUGCCUUCGUCUCCGUGACAAUGGCCUGCUGGCCAAGCCCACUCAUGGUGACAUCAUCAGACUGGCCCCACCCCUCAUCAUCAAAGAGGAUGAGAUCAGGGAGUGUGUUGAUAUCAUCCAGAGGACCAUCCUGUCCUUCUAAACCAGCAUGGGCAUGUGUAGCCCAACACUUGAAUGCUUUUUGUAAAAUUACUGGAUGAAACACAAGUUCUCCCUGGAUUUUAAGAGCCUAUGUUCUAAUAAGUGUUUUCAUUACUGGAAUGUUACAAUCAAAGUUGUUACCCACAAAAAGACGGAAAAGCAAUGUUACAUGAAGACAAGCUUGUGAUUUAUUAGCUGAACAGGUCAAGGUGAACAUUUAGUACCUCGAAAAAUAAGAGGUUAAAUUGAAACAAAGCUAAUAGUACAUCAUUUAUUUAAAUAGUUGAGAACGAAAAUGUAGAAUUGUUAAUUGACUUAAGAAAGGCAAAGAAAAAAGGGGAAUGACAGAUUUCUUAUUUUUAAUCAUAUGUUUUAGAGGUUUAAUAGAUUUUAUUAAAAAACAGUGAAACUCCUCAGUUUUGAAAGUGGAAAAAGUGGCCACUAUCCCCAAUGAUAAUAAUCGCAUUGAAAUGGUAUAGGGGACAUAUAGAUAUCGACAACUUCUGAGGAUGUUAGGGUAUGUCUUAGUUCCUGAAGAGUAAAUUACUUGCCCAAUGUUGUAUCAACCUAUAGGUCCUUCAUCUUGAAAUUGAGGUUUGAAGUUGGUAAUUAUUUUCAUUUUCAGUUGUGAUGAGUACAAACAGGUCCUUUAUAUAGUUAUUAUUUGUACUAGCAUGCACAUCUGUUAAGCGUUGUCUUGGGUUUCCUUAGUGGUUCAUUCAAUGUGUGGAAACUUUUGAGAGGAAUUGUCUGAAUUUGCUAGAUGUAGCACAAAGAGUUAAGCUGUCAUGCUGCUGUGCCUGGUUUUGAGAGGCUGUAGAGCACAGGGUUUUUGAGACGUUUCUGCUGUAUCAUUUGGAAUAUAUUGAUUCACCCAGAUGUAUUCGAGAAGAUGGGUGUGAAAGCUGUUCUAUACUUGUGUAUUCAGGACUAUUAUUUAAGUGUACAAUAUUGAUUUACGUUGUGGAAUGGUAUACUAAUACUAAUGUGCUGUUACAUUUGCAUAUGGUUUUAAAUGACUUGAUCUUAUGAUAAUUUUUUCUUAUCUCUUUACGUUAAGAGAUGUUAGAUCAUGUUUAAAAUGUACCAGGUGAUCGGUUUAUAGUUGAAACUCAAAACUAAAAAUAAAUGGAAUUUAAUUUAACUAA